AUGGCUUCACUGAGAAGAGUCAAAGUGCUGCUGGUGUUGAACUUGAUAGCGGUGGCCGGCUUCGUGCUCUUUCUGGCCAAGUGCCGGCCCAUCGCGGUGCGCAGCGGAGACGCCUUCCACGAGAUUCGGCCUCGCGCAGAGGCGGCCAACCUCAGCGCGCACAGCGCCAGCCCCAUCCAGGAUGCGGUCCUGAAGCGCCUCUCGCUGCUAGAGGACAUUGUCUACAGGCAACUGAAUGUCCUUUUUCUAGGCUUAUCCAAAUCCCUUGGGCUCAUUGAAGGUUAUGGUGGGCGGGGCAAAGGGGGUCUUCCUGCCACCCUGUCCCCAGCUGAAGAGGAGAAAGCCAAGGGACCGCAUGAAAAGUAUGGCUACAAUUCCUACCUCAGUGAAAAAAUAUCACUGGAUCGUUCCAUUCCGGAUUAUCGUCCCACCAAGUGUAAGGAGCUGAAGUACGCCAAGGAGCUGCCGCAGAUAUCCAUCAUAUUCAUCUUUGUGAACGAGGCCCUGUCGGUGAUCCUGCGGUCGGUCCACAGCGCUGUCAACCACACGCCGACGCACCUGCUGAAGGAAAUCAUCCUGGUGGACGACAACAGUGACGAAGAGGAGCUGAAGGCCCCCUUGGAGGAGUACGUCCACAAGCGCUACCCAGGGCUGGUGAAGGUCGUGCGCAAUCAGAAAAGAGAGGGCCUGAUCCGCGCGCGCAUCGAGGGCUGGAAGGCGGCCACCGGCCAGGUCACUGGCUUCUUUGAUGCCCACGUGGAAUUCACCGCUGGCUGGGCCGAGCCGGUACUGUCCCGGAUCCAGGAGAACCGGAAGCGGGUAAUCCUCCCAUCCAUCGACAACAUCAAGCAGGACACCUUUGAGGUGCAGCGGUACGAGAACUCGGCCCACGGGUACAGCUGGGAGCUAUGGUGCAUGUACAUCAGCCCCCCGAAAGACUGGUGGGACGCCGGAGACCCUUCUCUCCCCAUCAGGACACCAGCCAUGAUUGGCUGCUCCUUCGUGGUCAACAGGAAGUUCUUUGGUGAAAUUGGCCUUCUGGACCCUGGGAUGGAUGUGUAUGGAGGGGAAAAUAUCGAACUUGGAAUCAAGGUGUGGCUCUGCGGGGGCAGCAUGGAGGUCCUGCCUUGCUCACGGGUGGCCCACAUCGAGCGGAAGAAGAAGCCAUACAACAGCAACAUCGGCUUCUACACCAAGAGGAAUGCUCUCCGGGUGGCCGAGGUCUGGAUGGACGAUUACAAGUCUCAUGUGUACAUAGCGUGGAACCUGCCGCUGGAGAAUCCGGGCAUUGACAUCGGCGAUGUCUCUGAAAGGAGAGCCUUGAGGAGAAGUUUAAAGUGCAAGAACUUCCAGUGGUACCUGGACCACGUCUACCCAGAAAUGAGAAGAUACAAUAACACCAUCGCAUACGGGGAGCUUCGCAACAACAAGGCAAAAGACGUCUGCUUGGACCAGGGGCCACUGGAGAACCACACAGCAAUACUGUACCCGUGCCACGGCUGGGGACCCCAGCUCGCCCGCUACACCAAGGAAGGCUUUCUGCACUUGGGAGCCCUGGGGACCACCACGCUCCUCCCCGACACCCGCUGCCUGGUAGACAACUCCAAGAGCCGGCUGCCCCAGCUGCUUGACUGUGACAAGGUCAAGAGCAGCCUUUACAAACGGUGGAACUUCAUCCAGAAUGGAGCCAUUAUGAAUAAGGGCACUGGGCGCUGCCUGGAGGUGGAGAACCGUGGCCUGGCUGGCAUUGACCUCAUCCUCCGCAGCUGCACGGGACAGAGGUGGACGAUUAAGAAUUCCAUCAAGUAGUGGGGAGGAGCUGGGGACCCCGGAGCCUGGCCAGAGGGACAGGGUCUGCCUGUGCUCUGGAUCAGCCACACUGGUGGGAGCCAGCCGGGAGCCAGCAGGUGCUCGUGGGCAUCCACGC